AUGGCUCUUUCUUGUCGCGUGCCUGGGCGCUACUUGAAAGGCCUCCACCACCGGCCAGUUCCUCAAUUACUGCCAGCCAUCAGCAACGCCACCUUGCGCGCAUACUCUGAGGGGGCCGGAGCGCCCAAAGCCGACUCCAACGCCCCAGAGGCAUCGAAUAACAACAAGCCUGACUCGAAUGCAUCCAAACCAGAACCCGGGCCCAUGGCCCGUAGGCUGGAGGAGGCGACAGAAGAAGCCCUUCUAAUGGGCGGACGAGCCGGCCGACGCGCGAUCGAAGACGCCGGGUUCAACGAGGAGCUGAAGCAACGCCUGCUAGACAAGGUCGCCGACGCCAAGUUCCGCGAAGAACAUGCCGUAUCACUUCGAGAUGCCGGGCUCACGGGCAACGUGCCAGAGGCAGCAGGCCGCGGAACUAGAGACCUCGCAUCAGCGCAGCCGUGGACAGGCACAGAGACCGAGUCCGACGCAGUGCUGCGCAUGCUCAACGAUGCGCACAAACCUCUGAAGCCCGGACUGAGGGGGAAACCGAAAACCCCUUCCCCGUCUGGAACACCGGUGGACAUGCGGCUCAAGAAGCAGACCGCCGUCAGUACUGGCAGGAAGAUGGCAAAUGCAAGAGAGGCUGCUUCUGUAUACGCUGGGAUGGGCUUCAAAGACAAGGAGAAGGGUCUGAGCGAUAAAGAGAAGGAGGCCAUGAAGAAAGAGCUCCGCGAGCGUUUCUCGCCGGCGGCCCGGGCGAUCCCAAACACCAUCUCUGGCCUUGCAGCUCUAGCAAACGAGAGGAUUGAGGAUGCGAUCGCUAGAGGGCAAUUCAAACACAUACCACGCGGGAAAGGGGUCGAGCGCGAUGCAAGAGCCGACAACCCAUUCAUAGACACAACGGAAUACAUCAUGAACAAGAUGAUAAAGAAACAAGAGAUCGUUCCCCCGUGGAUAGAGAAACAGCAAGAGCUGGUCAAGGCCGCCACGGUCUUCAGGGCGCGGCUGCGCAAUGACUGGCGGCGGCACGCUGCCAGGAUGAUCGCGAGCCGUGGGGGCACUUUAGAGCAGCAGAUGCGCACUGCAGAAGAGUAUGCUCGGGCUGAGGAAGUGCACAACCCACGGCGGCGGAACUCCGACCAGGUGGCCGUGCCUACGAAUUCGACGGACGAUGUGGUAAUGGUAGCCAUGCGGCAAGAGGCGCUGCCCGUGUCUACGGCCGAGGUUCCUGCUCCAGCACCAGCAGCAACAUCGGAGCCCGAGAUAACUCUGACAAAACCUUUUCGCGAUGCAGAUUGGGAAGCGGCUGAGCGGUCGUACAUGGAGCUAGCCAUCAACAACAUGAACACUCUGACGCGGGCCUACAAUCUGAUGGCCCCUGAGCUGGCCAAGAAGCCAUAUUUCUCCCUGGAACGGGAGCUCAAAGCCUGCUUUGCCGAUGUUGCGCCGCAAGUCGCCAACGAGAUUAAGGAUCGUGCUCGGCGGCCCUCGAAAUCGGGUCAGGGACAGGUCGGGCCCCAAGCUGGUAGCUUGCUGGAUCGAUUUGUCAUGGAAGGUAAAUCCAGCAAGGUGUACGACUCCAGAGCCCCUCAUUAUGGCUUCAAAGAAUUCUGGAAAGACCUCUGGCAGCGAUCACCUUGA